AUGGCGUGGAAGAAGUUCGUGACGAAGAUCAGAAUUGCAGGCAUUGCUGAGGCCGUACUUAACCCUACGUACCGGCUCCUGGAAGCGGCACCCAGAGUCAAAGAGCUCAUGUUCUGGUCGGAUGCCAGAGACUCGCUAACUUUGGAAUGUACUUUGUCUGCACUCAAGCAAGCUUCUGCCGUGAGCGUUGCUCAGCAUCUACUGGACGACUUCUGUCGGGAUAUGGCACCUUGCCUGCAUGAAAUGAUGGGACCCGUAUACGCCAAAUUUCCCAACGUCGACAUCAAGAUCUCCGGAUGCGUGUCAAUCGAGCCACUUGGCGAUGUCAGUUAUAAGGAUGCAGAUCCGCUCCAAGUCUAUGAUGCUACACUAAGCUUCAGGACGGGAAUCAUUACCUUUCAGGGUCUUCUCGACGAGAAUGAGACUGACAGUGAUGUUUGGGCUAUCAAGGCGAAGGCUGUGGGAAUGCAGGGCUUACGGCUGGCACUGCAUCUAGAAUAUGAAGUGUGA